AUGACCGUCUAUCAGCAAGGUGUCCCCAUGGAAGGAUGGAACGACUGUCCAGCCGUGAUCCCGCGGCCACCAAUGGGCAAAAGAAAAGCCAGUAGGAGUCGCAGGGUAGGCAUGGAUCGGUCUCCGUCGACUGAACUUCCAGCACCUACAGCUGCCGAAACGCGGUUGAAAUUAGGUAGUACAGACUCUCUUGGGAGCCUAAUGAAGAGCCAAGGUUCCGAGGGUGAGGUCUUGGACUCUGAAAAGCUCGAAGAAUUGUAUCAAAAUUCCAGUUUGCUGGACAAAGAUGUGGAAAACUGUCGUAAACGCAUAGCUAGUUUACGAGGACAUGAAAGGUUUGUCAACGAAAUCGUACGACGGCUGCAACACGAGCAGGCUGCUGUACUCAACCAGUAUAUUGUGGACUACAUGACCACCAACGAAAACGUGGGGUCGGCGUGUUUGUCAUUGAGGAAGUUGGUGGAAUCACAAAAUUAG